AGCUUUUUGGAUGUUUAACUUUAUUGUGUCAAGUCCCCAGUUCGGCAUAGUUAUCCGUUGUGCGCGCGAUUCGGUCGUGCGCGCCAUCUUUUAAACUAUACCGCCAUUCUUUUUCGCGGUCGUUUGUUUUUUUUUUUUUUAUUUUAUUUAUUGUCAUCUAGUGUGUUUUAAUAAUAUUAGUAUUUUAAUAGCGGUGAUUUUACUUGACCGGUGAAUAAUUUAAGGAGGUCCGAACGGCAAUUCGUCAUGAACAAAAAGUCUCACAAAAAAAAGCAGAAACGUCGGAAUCGCAACGAUGGAAGAAACAAAGAAAACAUUAUCGAAGCAGAUGUUGCGACGAAGCAAAACGGAGAUGCCAAAGAACCUCAAAUUGAACAAGACAAGCCUAAGCAGGACUUGUGUUAUGAGAUCAAGCAUUCAGAUGUUAUGGGAAGAUACCUGGUUGCUACUCGCGAUAUCAAGGCUGGCGAGGUGAUAAUAGAAGCGCCAGCGGUCGUCGUAGGGCCGUGUUCCGGCUGCGGGCUCAUUUGCCUCGGCUGCUACAGGGAAUUAGAUGAAACUAGCUUAACGAAAUGCGUCGGUUGCAAGUGGCCACUCUGCAGCAGCUCGUGUCAAGGACUUGGGAAGUACACCGGCCAUUCGACGUACGAAUGUGAAACUUUAAAAUCGGUCACUCCAGACUACAGCAACAUUGAAGACUUAAAGGAUUCGUAUCAAGCUCUUGCACCAUUAAGGUGUUUACUUUUAAAAAAGGAAGAUCCCGAUAAAUGGGCUGCUCUUUCAGCGAUGGAGGCUCACAACGACAUUCGUCGCGCAAGGGGCGACAUCUGGCCAAUGAACGACAGGAACGUUGUGCAGCGACUUAAGAAAUGGGAUUUGGAAUACGACGAAGAGGAGAUACAUACCGUUUGUGGUAUAUUAGAGGUAAACGCGUUCGAAGUGGGCGUCAGUGGCGCCAAUGCCCGCGCGCUGUACGACGAGGCCUACCUGCUCGCGCACGACUGCACGCCCUCCACCACGCACACCGACGCCGAGGGCCGGCCCGCCAGACCGCUCACCGUGCGAGCCUCCAUACCGCACAGGGCGGGGGAUAUCAUAUCACUGUGCUACGCCUAUACGCUGCAGGGCACGCUGAAGCGGCGCGAGCACCUGCGCCUGAGCAAGUUCUUCGAGUGCUCGUGCCUGCGCUGCGCGGACCCCACGGAGCUGGGCACGGCGGCGAGCGCGUUCCGCUGCCCGCGCUGCGGCGCGCGCGUGCUGCCCGCCGACCCGCUGCGCGCGCCCGCGCCCUGGCGCUGCGCCCGCUGCCCCUACGAGAUGGCGGCGGCCGCCGUGCUGCUGCUGCUGCAGCGAUUAACGGACGAGUAUGAGCAGAUCGAUGCCAAUGACGUAGCAGGCUUCGAGAGCUUCCUUACGAAGUAUCGCAACGUGCUACACGACAGUCACUAUCUCUUCCUCUCGGCGAAACACUCGCUGAGUCAGCUCUACGGAAAGGUGUCGGACUUCAUGAUACACGAGAUGUCCGAGGAACAACUGAACCGGAAGGUCGAAAUAUGCAGGGACUUGAUGAAGGUCUUCGACGUCAUUGAGCCGGGUUACUCGAGAUUACGAGGAAUUACUUUGUACGAACUGCACGCUCCACUCAUGGUCCUGACCACGAGAGAUUUUGAAAGAAAAGCCAUCACAAAAGAAAACUUACGAAAUCGAUUAAAAGAGAUCGUGAGCUAUCUAUCGGAGUCUGCUCUGAUCUUGGGCUUCGAGCCGCGCCACUCGCCUGAGGGGCUCAUGGCGGGCGCGGCCAGACAUGCGCUCAGCAAGAUCAAGACCUGGGAACACAUCAUCGGGAAGAUAUCAUGAAUACCACUCUAAUAAAUGAAUCUUAUUUAUUUAUUGUGAUUAUAAUAAAGAUAUUUUUAACACUA